AUGAGGCCCUGUCUGGUGAAUUACCAGGUUUUCAUCCAGGGCAGUGAACACUUCGAGCUGGAAGUGCGUCUUCUGGAUGCAGAAGGCAAAGUUGUGGCCCAGGGGACGGGGGGCCAGGGCCAGCUGCAGGUGCCCAGCGCCCACCUCUGGUGGCCGUACCUGAUGCACGAGCACCCCGCCUACCUGUACUCAUUGGAGGUGAGGCUGACUGCACAGACGGGAGCAGGGCCUAUGUCUGACUUCUACACUCUCCCCGUCGGGAUUCGCACUGUGGCCGUCACAGAGAACCAGUUCCUCAUCAAUGGGAAACCUUUUUAUUUCCAUGGGGUCAACAAGCAUGAGGAUGCAGAUAUCCGAGGGAAGGGCUUUGACUGGCCACUGCUGGUGAAGGACUUCAACCUGCUCCGCUGGCUCGGUGCCAACUCCUUCCGCACCAGCCACUACCCCUAUGCGGAGGAGGUGAUGCAGCUCUGCGACCAGUACGGGAUCGUGGUCAUCGAUGAGUGUCCCGGCGUGGGCAUCGUGCUGCUCCAGAGCUUUGGCAACACGUCUCUGCAGCACCACCUGGAGGUGAUGGAGGAGCUGGUGCGCAGGGACAAGAACCACCCAGCGGUCGUGAUGUGGUCAGUGGCCAACGAGCCUACUUCCUACCUGAAACCUGCUGGUUACUACUUCAAGACGGUGAUUGCUCACACCAAAGCCUUGGACCACUCCCGGCCCGUGACCUUUGUGACCAGCUCCAACUACACAGCAGACCUGGGGGCUCCCUACGUGGACGUCAUCUGUGUGAACAGCUACUAUUCCUGGUACCAUGACUUCGGCCACCUGGAGGUGAUCGGACUGCAGCUGCAAACUCAGUUUGAGAACUGGUACCGGGCCUACCAGAAGCCCAUCAUCCAGAGCGAGUAUGGGGCAGAGACCAUCGCAGGGUUCCACCAGGACCCACCUCUCAUGUUCAGUGAAGAGUACCAGAAGAGUCUGCUGGAGCAGUAUCACUUGGUUCUGGAUCAAAAACGCAAAGAAUACGUGGUUGGAGAGCUCAUCUGGAAUUUUGCCGACUUUAUGACUAAUCAGUCACCAACGAGAGCAGUGGGAAAUAAAAAGGGGAUCUUUACCCGUCAGAGACAACCAAAAAGUGCAGCAUUUCUUUUGCGAGAGAGAUACUGGAAACUUGCCAAUGAAACCAGCCCUCACCAUUCAGCAGUGAAGAUGCAGUGUUUGGGACGCAGCCCAUUCUUUUUUUAAGGCAAGAACUACCUCCCUGUGACACCGCCUCCAUCAGUCCCUCGGCCCGAGUGAGGGCAACGGCAGCACACACAGCAAGUGCUGCCUGGACUGCCUGUGGCAGACCCAGUUUCUGGCCUGGCUUUUGUGGUAACCUGAUAGAAGGGGACAGUAGAAGUGAAAAGAAAAGCUUUUUUAGUAUGGGAAUAAAGAGUUGGCAGAAAAAUGACCACCCAUAAA